AGGGCGCUAAAAAUAGAAAUGGAUGAUUUGUCUGGUGUGUGAAAUUGACAAGAAAUGUGGUUUCGUGAAUGUUACUACACUUUCACAAAAUGUUUGCGUGAUACAAGGUGUCUUCGUCUCUAAACAGAUGCAAACGUCCAUUUACCUUAUUAAAAUCAAUUAAGAAUGGCUUCAGUUCAAAAAGAAAAGCCAAAAAGGAAGUACUUAAUUGAAUCCAGCUGUCUGUUUACAAACAGAGAAUCUGCUGAUCCACUUUCCAAAUUUUCUAUUAACUCAUGUGAUUUCCUGGAAGAACUUCCGGAAAGGAGUGCCUGUCCACGUUGCUACAAAUCCAGACGAUAUUAUUGUUACAACUGUUAUGUUCCAGUAGAUGAAAUUAAAGAAAAGAUUCCUUAUCUCAAACUACCAGUCAAAAUAGACAUCAUUAAGCAUCCGAGAGAAGUGGACGGUAAGAGUACAUCGGCACAUGCGGCCAUUCUUGCUCCAGACGACGUCAAGGUUUACGUGUAUCCUGAAUUUCCAGAUUAUGCAAAAGAAAAGGUAAUUUUAAUAUUUCCUGGCAAGAAUGCUAUGCAUCUCAGUGACUAUUUUGAAGAGAAUAUGAGUAAGUUUGACCAAGGAAACUUAGAAUGUGAUAAAAAUAAAUUAUUCCACAACAACUUGCCUCCGAAUAGUUGCAGGAAGACAAGCAAUACACAAGAAAUUACAAAUUGCCAAAACAUGCAACGAAAUCAAUUUAACCAUAAUUUGCCAUUUGACAAAGUUGUUUUUAUCGACAGCACAUGGAAGCAAACAAAACAAAUAUACAGCAAUGAAUGUAUACGAAGUCUUCCCUGCAUCAUGUUGACUUCUCACAGAUCAUUAUUCUGGAGGCAUCAGAGAAACAAACCUCCCAACUAUUUAUCUACCAUCGAAGCCAUCUACUACUUCCUAGUAGAACUGCAUCGCAAAGUCCAUCCCGACGUAGCCUACCGGGGCGAAUACGACAACCUCUUAUUUUUUUUUAAAUACAUGUAUAAUAAAAUUCGUACUCUGUACGAUCCCAAAAAGCUGAGAGCUUACCAAGACUGAAAGCUGCGAUUUCGUAUAUACAGGUAUAAUACAGGUGAUUCGUACUUUUAGUUAACGAUUGUACCGUUCUCGUUUACUCAGAUUCAGUUUUUGGUAAUAACACAGUUAAUGUUUCUGAUAUUUAUUUUUUUACAUUAAUUAGUUGUAAACUGCAUUUUUAAUUAGAAGUAUGUUUGGAAAAUUGUUUUAUCGUAUUAAAGAAUGUUACACAAGUAGCGUGUACUCUUAUUAUUCAAUGUAGUAAGGGUGAUGCGAUGUGUAUAAAAUCACUUUAAUUCGGAUCGGUCGAUUUUUCUCACGGCUUUAGAAACACCGAGCUAGAUGA